AUGGAGUUGGAUCUAGGCAAACUGUUUAUUGGUGGGAUUUCUUGGGACACGGAUGAGGAUCGUCUUAAAGAAUAUUUUGAAACAUAUGGAGAAGUGGUGGAAGCAGUCAUCAUGAGAGAUCGCACCACGGGUCGUGCUCGUGGCUUCGGUUUUGUAGUUUUUGCCAAGCCAGCAGUGGCUGAAAGAGUGAUUAAGGAGAAACACAUGAUUGAUAGACGAGUGGUGGAAGUAAAGAAAGCCAUUCCAAGGGAUGAUCAACAUUUAAUAAAUAGAAACAUUAGUAGCAUUCAAGGAUCACCGGGUCCUGGACGCACAAAAAAGAUAUUUGUAGGAGGAUUAGCAUCAAAUGUCACCGUGAGUGACUUCAAAAGUUACUUCGAUCAGUUUGGUACAAUAACAGAUGUCGUAGUAAUGUACGACCACAACACCCAAAGGCCAAGAGGUUUUGGCUUCAUAACAUAUGAUUCAGAGGAUGCAGUUGAUAUGGUGUUGCGCAAAACCUUUCAUGAGUUAAAUGGUAAGUUGGUCGAGGUAAAGCAGGCACUUCCAAAAGAAUUGUCACCGGGACCCAGCCGGAGUCCUCUCGUUGGGUACAACUAUGGCUUUAGUAGAACCAGUGACUUACUCAGUAGCUAUGCUCAGGGAUACAAUUUGAGCUCACUUGGAGGCUAUGGGGUCAGGAUGGAUGGUAGGUACAGUCCAUUAGCUAAUGCUCGUGGAGGAUUCUCACAUUUUGGUUCUCCUUCUUAUGGGAUGGGUAUGAAUGUGGAGCAAGGGUUGAAUCCUGGCUAUGGAGGGGGUUCAAACUUCAAUAGUAAUCUUGGUUAUGGACAGGUUCUGAACCCCUAUUUUGGUGGUAAUCCAAACAGGUAUAAUACUCCUAUUGGUUACAACACCGAUAGUAGCAGGGGUGAUUCCUUUAUAAAUUUACCAUCUAGAAAUGUGUGGGGAAAUGGUGGCUUGAAUACUUCUCCAACUAAUGCUGGCUCUGGUUCGUACUUCGGUUCUGGAAGUGGUGGACUCGGAGUCUUUGGAAAUAAUGGAGCAAACUGGGGAACUUCUCCUAUUGCUGCCUCACUUGGAGGGACUUCUUCUGGCUACAGGGGUGGAGAAAACAGUUAUGCAGUGGGAACAAGAGGAUUUGGACGAAAGAGUGGUACUGGUGUAAUCACAACGUCUUCAUUCGCCACAUCGAGUGGUGGUUAUGAAGGAUCUCAUGGGGAUUUUUAUCGCAGUUGUUCGGUUUAUGGCGAUCCAACUUGGCAAACUGCAUCUUCUGACCUAGAUAAUUCUGGUUCAUUUGGUUAUGGACUUGGAAAUCCAGAAGACGUCACUGCUAUAGCUUCUGAGGAUUAUGGCACUGGCUAUAGUAUUGCAAAUAGACAACCUAAAAGAGGAAUUGCUGCUUAG